AGAUGAGAAUUUAAAUAGAUAGGUGGCGUAAAAUGAAACUGGCAUCUUGGUUGCUCUCAUUUGUUUCAAUGGUCUUCAGUAGUGUUUAUCAUGAUAGGACCACUUUGUAAGAUAAUCUGUAGCAGUAUGCCAUCAAGGCACCAAUGGUGAACUUGACUGAACGAGGAGACGCGCCAUGAACUCAGCGGCAGCGAUCGUCGUGAUAUUUUGUAUGCUAUCUACCGCGUCUAGCUCUUUGGCGGCGCAGAACUGUGAGAUAGCUCGGAUGAAGUGUGCUUAUCGGAAAGGCUGUGGAACAGCUCUGCAAAACUAUAUGUUUGACUGUGCUAGUGUGCUGGCCGGGCGAGUGUCCAGAUGUACCACUCUCUGUAAACGUGCACUAAUUUCCCUAGCGAGUACACCAGAAGGGAAGGAACUAAUGAAGUGUGACUGUAAUGGGUCAGAUUUCUGUAUAUUAAGCAAAGAACGUGUAGAAGUUUGUCGUCCCGAGGUCACCCAGGCUACAGCCGAAGACGCUGUCGUUUCCUGUUCUGUAGCUCACUGGAUCUGUGUGGCUGACCUUUUGUGCUCAACGGCCCUUGAAUACUACCAUCACUGGUGUCACGCGAUGUUUCGCGGUUAUAGGUGUACUCACCGCUGUAACAACAGUCUGGCAAUCUUAAACCGGCAGGUAAAGGCCGAGAAACUCAGAUCGUGUUACUGUGAUGGAUCAGAAGAGUUCCCCUGCAGGCGAAUAAAGGUCAAUAUGGAGCGUCUGUGUUAUGGAAGAGAGGACUUUGUACUGGGAGAGAAUGACAUUGAUCCUGAUCGAUCAUCAGCUAUUCCUUUGGAACAUACCCACUUACUCACCUGGGUAUUAUGGCUUUUGAUUUCAACACUAACAGUCAACACUUGGAUUCGCCUCAAAAUUGGAGAGCUCAACUGGAGGUGAUAGAGAAUAUUAAUUAUACAAGAACCGAUAAAGUGUAAAUGAGUUUGAAGAUCUAAUCAUGGGAGCGUUUUGCUUUAAUUGAAUUCGUCUUCAUACGAAGCUGAACAGGCCUACCUCUCAUUCUAUCGUCGACACUUUCGUACUGCUAUGAACAUAUCCGUUCGUUUAACAUCAAAAACGCAGACUUAAUAUAAUCCAUAACACAUUUUUUUGCCCGAGUUCAGAAAGUAAUCGGAUAACCCUACCCUCUAAAAGUAGAGAAAAUAUUUUUGUUUAUAUAAGAAGAUUAGUAAAAUUUUACUGGCUAAUUUACAAAGUUCGUCAUCCGUUAAACAAAGAUAUCAAAAAAAUGUAAUUAAAAAAAACUUCACGUACUUUUGAAAGAAGAUUAGUAAAAAUUUUACUGGCUAAUUUACACAGUGUCCUGGAAGAAGAAAGGUCCACCUUUCGAAAGAGCUCGGGUUAUAGGGUUUUUAUUCAUUUCUGUCAAGACUUUUUGAACCUACGUGUUUUUCUAACAUCAUGACAGUUCGUAAAGUUAGUUCGCCUAUUGGUUAAAUUUAAAACUAUGAUAAAUAGUGGAUAUUUAUUCGUUUAUUAUUGUUAUUCACAAAUCGAGUAAAUUUGUCUUCACCAUAAUGAAUUAAGAACACAAUAUUUAAUAUUUCGGAUAAAUUUCGUUUCCAUUGUAUUAACGUUUAAACUAUCUUCGCACCCUACAUACUCGCAUUGAAUUAUUGAUUUGUUGGUAGCAGUUAUGCGCGGAUAACACCGCUUGGUGUUAAAACAAUGGUAAGAAGUUUGGAUUACACGAUACAAUGUACUCUGAGUUAUGAGUAUGUCUGAUUUUAGAUUUUAUAAUACCUGUAUUCUAUAAAAAAUGUUCAAGUGUUUUGGUAAC